UACGCGCCCUCAAUAAAAUGGAAACACAAAAGUGGCAUUUUACCAUUUUUGUUCUGUCUCUAACGCUAGCUUUGUGUGAGGGAAGGGUGGUUAAGGUGGUGCCCGGACCACUGGUCCGUGUUGAGGGACAAGCCGUGUCCAUUCGCUGUGACGUAUCGAACUACGAGGGUCCCAGAGACCAGGACUUUGAGUGGUUACUGGUUCCGAGAGAAGGAAAUCCGAUCCAGCUCGUCUCGACGUUCGACUCCACGUACCCUGACAGAUCGGUGCUCGACCGCGUCAGGAGCGGAGACAUCGCAGUCAACAAGCUGGGUGAUGCCGCAGCAGAACUGAAAAUUCAAAAGGUGCGGGCGACAGACACUGGGACCUAUCGCUGCGUCACCCCUAGCACAGACUCUGUCGCCAGUGGAAACUAUGAAGCCGACGUGGAACUGAAAGUGAUUGGAGACAGCCUGAAAGUUGAACCAGUCCCCCCCAAGCCAGUGGUCUCUGAAGGGGAACCAUUACAGCUCCAGUGCAAUGCCACUCGGGCCUUUACAGAACACACCUUCCUGUCCGUUACCUGGUCCAUCCAGAAGAAGAGCGGCCCUUUGCAAGAAAUCUUGACUUUUGGGCCAGACGACGGCUUGACAGUGGGAAACAGCUCCAGGCAACGCUAUGGAGAUGGUGGACUCCGCCUGAACCUAGGAGAGCCUGGCUCCUACAGCUUGAUUUUGACUGGGGCACAGCCGACGGACCAGGGGGAAUAUGUGUGCACCGUUAGAGAGUGGGUAAGACAAGCGGGAGGAGGAAAAGGAUGGCAGAAAAUUCUGGAAAGAAGCGAGAAAAUGGGGAGCGUCACAAUCACACCUAUAGCCCAGUCUCUUGCGGUUGCCGUGGAGAAGAAAACAACCGUAAACGUGGAGGACACUCUCAAGCUUACCUGCUCUGUGGCUGCCGCCAACCUGGAGUCUCUAAGCCUGGAGGUCACAUGGUUGGUCAGGGCGGCCAACAGUUCGGCCGCCCCGCGGGUUCUGCUUCACAUGGGCCGUGACGGGCAGACGCAGAACGGGUCGGCCCUGGUGGGACUGAGCAGAGUCGGGCUGGGAGACUUCAGGCUGGUCGUACACAAAGUGGAACGUUCCGACUCUGGCCUUUACUCCUGCCAGGUGAAAAUUUGGCUCCCACAAGGCAGUGGGUCUUGGUACCAGGCAGCAGAAAAAACUUCCCAGCCUGUCCAAGUUACUGUUAUGCAACUAGAGCCGCAGUUUAAGGUGACUGUGAGUAAGCAUUUGACCCCUCAGGUCGAGGGUGACCCCACGGAGCUGAUAUGUCGGGUGAGUGAUCUUCUGCAUCUCCAAGAUGGACGUCUCGGCGUGACAUGGACUUUCACCAAGAACGUACCGGGAGAUGUGUCUCCAAGCCCGCUCACCGUCGGAUCUUUAAACGAGCACGGGUCACUGGUUCCGGGGAAGGAGUACCAGCAGCGCCUGGAGUCCGGUGACAUAGCCAUACUCCGGAGUGAAGAGCAAGUCUUCAGGCUACGAAUGAUCCACACACGGAAGGAAGACAUGGGGCACUACACCUGCGUCGUGUCGGCAUGGGGACGCACCCGCCAGGGCGGAUGGGCUCGGACCAAAGAGGUUCAGUCAAGCCCCACCAAUGUUUUCUGGACUCCAAAGACUCCUGUACUGAGUGUGGUGGCUCACCGUGUUAGAGAGGCCUCCACAGGUGGAUCCACCUUUGAGAUGAGUUGUCACGUUACGGCUCAGAAUCUGCAGAACCCGGGCUAUUCCGUUCUGAUCCGUUUUGCGGAGACCCAGGGCGGGCAUGCCCGAAAGGUUCUUUCCUUGAGCCCAGACUCGGUCCUACAGCUGGAGGAGUGGACUGAACCAAGCCGGAUCGACAGCGUCGUCCUGGAGAAGACGGGACAGCUGGAGUACCGGUUCCGUCUUUACGGGGUCCAAGUGUCGGACCGUGGACUGUACUACUGUGAUGUUACUGCCUGGACCCGCCACCAGAAUGACGACUGGGCCCGAGUUGUCAGUGCAGAAUCCAAUAAGAUAAACAUCGCUUUUGAAGACACAGGUCCAGUAUUCAAUGUGUCCAUUCACUCAGACAGGCACAGCGUUUUGCCUGGGGAAACAGCCAAAAUGGAAUGUAUCCUGACUGUGCAGGGCUCUACUCCUAAUACAGGUGACGUAGCGUAUGAGGUGCGGUGGUUUCAGAGUCCAGCGCGGGCGGUGGAGAACGGUGGUUCGGAGCCUCUGAUCAGUAUAGACAGAUGGGGAGUGGUGAGGAAAAGCGGAGGGAACGACAGCACAGACUGUAGCCUGGAGAGAGCGGACGGCAACAGCUUCGUCCUCCGCGUCCACCACGCCGGGGACGGGGACGCGGGCCAGUACUACUGCACGGCCACCCCCUGGCUCUUCUCGCCUUCCACCGGAGCCUGGACGAAAGGGCACGACCUCACCUCCACCACUGUCUUCCUCUCCAUCAAACUAGCACUGUGGGACUCUGUAAAGAUGCCUGUCCUCUACGGCGUAGUUGCAGCCGUGCUCAUCGGUCUGCUCUCGCUGCUCCUGGGCUUCAUUUCCGCUCGGUGCUGCUUCUCUCGGAAUCUGAUGCACACGCCACGUUCCCACAACAAACUCAUGGACCUGGAGAUGGACUGA